AUGCCUAUUAGUUGCACUAGGACUGCCACUAAUGGUGGUGGCGAAGAUGGUGAUCACAGCCUCGACGAUUAUGAUGGUGAUGACGAUUUUGCUGUUGCUCCUGGUGAUUAUGAUUAUGGCCAUGGUGCUGCUGAUGAUGGCGCCUCAGCUACCGUGGCGCCUACUCCCCCUCGUCCCCGAGGAGCCCCGCCUCUCCCGACGAUCGACGAGAGCCCCGAGGAGGAACCGACGCCUCCUCCGACAUCUCCGCGGACGACCGGGGCGCUAUACCCGGCGCUGGGAGAGACGCUGACGCCGACGGUCGGUGCGCCCGUGGCGACUUCGCUUUCCCUUGCGCCUCCCGGGCAGUCGCAAUCUCAGCAAGCGCAGGAGGCGGCAGCGGCGACGAGGAUGUUGGAGCAGCGGCGUCACGAGGAAGAGCGCGCGGCAUUUGCGGAGUAUCAGUGGCCGGCGCCGACGGUCGGUGCGUCCGUGGAGACUUGGCUUGCCCUCGCUCCUCCCGCGCAGUCGCAAUCUCAGCAAGCGCAGGAGGCGGCAGCGGCAGCGGCGGAGAGGAUGUUGGAGCAGCGGUGGAAUGAGGAAGAGCACGCGUCGUUUGCGGAGUAUCAGCGGCAACGCCAGCAGGCAUUGGCCGCGGAGGCGGGAUUGCAGCAAGCCUUAGCGUCGCAGCAGCUGAUGCUGUACACGGUGGACGGGCGUGCCGCCAGCUACGAGACCAAGUGGGACGAGCUUCACCCGGUCUCCCAGGGUCUGCUGCUUCAAAUCGAGGACAGAAUUAGGGAGCAUAGGGAUGAUAGUGAGCAGUUGGAUCAAUGCAGACGCUUUGAUGACCUAUCACUGUGCAACAUGAGUUUUGAACUCGAUGCUAAUCAGAUUACUCAGGAGGCUGCAUCUAUCUCUACCAUCAUGAAUAGAGAUAAGAAUUCCAUUGAUAGCUUAAUGACUGUUAUCCAAGAAAUUAUGUGGAACACAGAAUUUGCUAUAUGUUCAUAUGCAAAGUUGAGGCCAAGUAGUGCUACCAGGCGGCCUUCUCCUUUUGUGCAACAAACAGUUGCCAGGUUUGAGGAUGAUCUUGGUGAAUGCUGCAAAUGGAUUCUAGAACUAGAGCAACUUGUCCAAAUGAAGGAUGGCAAGACCUUUGCAGAAUCUUUGGAAUCUCUGUCAAAUGUUAUGUCUAAUGUCCAUGACUAUCUAAUCCAUGUGGCGUCUAAGGUGGAACAUUUUCAUCAGUAUGUUGAAACAAUGGAAACUCAGUAUCUGAAUUAUCGACGGCGCAGGGGUGAUUUGAGUAAUCCUUUUCUCAAGGCAAAUAGAAGAGAGGCAGCUAAACAAGAAGCGACUGACAGAAUAAUCCAUCCGAUGUUGCAUCUAACACCUCCAGGCCAGCCAACAAGGCUGGUCGCUGCGCCAAUGAUAGCAAGCCAACUACAGCAAACUCCAUUCCCUACUGUAGCAACUUCUCCAACCUCUUAUCCAACUGUUCCACUGCCUUCUGUUUUGCCUCCAUCCAGCACACAAACAAGUCCUGCUCCAUCAAUCAACCCUUUCAGUUCAUCCGGGCCUGUGUUGCAAUCCAUGCCGGCAGCAUCUUUGUUCGGGACUGGUAUCCCAUCUUCUGCUACUUCACUUUUCCCAGUACCAUCUGGAGGUAUACGUCACAUGCUAUACGCAAGUGGAUAG